GCAGUAUCUUCCGCCAUUACGACUCUUUUGCUGGUUUGUGAAGCCACGUUUAUCUGAAAAAAUAAAAAAUAAAAAUGGCUCUGCGAGUGACUACCAGAAAUCGCCUCGGUUCUACCAGAACCGAGCUCGGAGGGAAGACGUGCUCAGUGAUCGGGCCCGCAAAGCCUCGAGCUGCGCUCGGAGAAAUCGGAAACAUCGCAGUCGGCAAAGAAGUUCAGAAAAAGAAUGUCAAAACGGAGGCUACAAAGAAGAUUAAAGUCACUAAAGUUGAGAAGCCUGAACCAAAGCCGGUUGCUCCUCAACCUGAGCCUGAACCGCAGGUUCAGCCUGAACCGACCUCCCCGACCCCCAUGGAGACCUCUGGCUGCGAGCCCGCUGACCUCUGCCAGGCGUUCUCCGACGUCAUCCUGAACACGGCCAUCAGGGACGUGGACGCAGACGACUACGAUAACCCCAUGCUCUGCAGCGAAUACGUGAAGGACAUUUACAAAUAUCUCCGCCAGCUGGAGGCUGAGCAGAGUGUCAGGUCCAGCUACCUGCAGGGUCAGGAGGUCACUGGGAACAUGAGGGCCAUCCUCAUCGACUGGUUGGUGCAGGUGAACCUCAAGUUUCGUCUGCUGCAGGAGACGAUGUACAUGACCGUAGGAAUGAUCGACCGCUUUCUUCAGGACCACCCAGUCCCCAAGAAGCAGCUCCAGCUGGUCGGGGUGUCCGCCAUGUUCCUGGCCUCAAAGUACGAGGAAAUGUAUCCACCGGAGAUCUCCGACUUCGCCUACGUGACGGACCGCGCCUACACCACCGCCCAGAUCCGAGACAUGGAGAUGACCAUCCUGAGGGUGCUGAAGUUUCAGCUGGGCCGGCCUCUCCCCCUGCAGUUCCUCCGCCGGGCCUCGAAGAUCUACGAGGUGACGGCUGAGCAGCACACUCUGGCCAAAUACCUGCUGGAGCUCACCAUGGUCGACUACGACAUGGUUCACUUCCCGCCCUCCAUGGUGGCGAGCGCAGCUUUGGCCCUCACCUUGAAGGUCCUGGAAGUGGGCGACUGGGACGUGAUGCUCCAACACUACAUGGACUACACGGCAGAGAGUUUGAUUCCUGUUAUGGCGCACAUCGCCAAGAACGUCGUCAAAGUGAACGAAGGGCUGACCAAACACAUGGCCGUGAAGGGGAAAUACUCGACCUCGAAGCAGAUGAGGAUCGCCACCAUCCCUCAGCUCAAGUCGUCUGUGGUCAAAGAUCUGGCGAAGCAGCUCUCCCAGUGAGACGAUCCUUGGCACCGUGUGCUGAUUUGUACAAAUGUAAUUUUUUAAAACUUUUUGAACAUGUGCCAUUUUAAACAGUUCUGAGACUGAUCCAGCAAGUCUCCGACCCUUUACCCGUUUCAUGAUUCAUGCACAGUUUUUGGUCUUCAAGGGGAUUUUUACAAAAUUUUAUUUAGGUUGUGGCACGUCUUCAAAAACCGUCUGGUAGAUUUAAAAACUUUUACUGCGUUCAUGUUUGGGAGUGAUUUGUACAGAUGCUUUUAAAUGAUGUGAAAUGUAUUUUUAAACCUCUAAUAAAUGGUCUUG